UCAGGAGCCAAAUCAAAGUGAAGACCUGUGUGUUAGGGCAGUGUGCCUUGCACUGUGUGCAGAGAUCAAUGGGAAUGUCUGACUGAGCAGGGGGAACGUUACAGAGUUGGGAUUCCCAGGUUGUUUGGACAUUAUCAAGAGUUACACACUCUGGACAACAACGUGAUUGUGGUGCAGUGAAUCAGGCAAAAUCAUCCCACAGUGUGUCCCUUAAAGUGUUUAUGAAAAAGAACAUUUCAUUUGUACUACAAUGAAGGAAAAGUUGUUUGCAGUACUACUCGUUUUGCUCUUGGCUUGUAUGUUUGCAUCAUCAAAAAAGAACAGAAAGAACAAACAGCAUGCGCCUCACAUAGACUGUGAUAUCAAAGCAGGGAAGAUCGUUAAUCCAGAAUUCCUUGCAAAGUGCCCAGCUGGGUGCCAGGAUGGGAAACAUCGUGUAUAUGGCACUGAUAUUUAUGCAUCGUUCUCCAGUAUAUGCACAGCUGCUAUCCACAGUGGUGUAAUUGAUAACAAUGGAGGCAAAAUCUUUAUUCGAAAGGUUGCUGGUCAGUCAGGCUACAAGGGAAGCUACUCAAAUGGUAUACGAUCCUUGUCUCUGCCCCGCUGGAAAGAGUCCUUUGUUAUUGCAGGUAAAGGAAAAAAAGGUGUUAGCUACCCUUCAGUUCUCGAAUAUGUUGAGGUCAGAGUAGAAACAGUGCAAAGAAUUAUCCCAACUCCCUCUAUAACCACAACGUCUGCUACUACUACCCCUACCACCACAACUCCAGAACCUACAACUACCAGCACCACACCAGAGCCUACCACUACCACUCCAAAGCCAACAACCACCCUUCUCAUAACAAGCAGCCCAACAACUACCACCACAACAGAUACAAAAGUGAGACCGCCACUGGUUCGCACAAGGGAUACAGGUUCCACUAACAUCCAUCCUGCAUACAGAUCCAUUGUUGCUGCAGCAUCCAGGCAAAUGCAAGCGGCUCAAGGAUCAGGACAAAAUCAAGUUUUUAGGUCGCCUCCAACUUACCCAAACAACCGAAAUAUUCCACGCAUUAAUGCAGGUGCACCGCGGCAACAACCAGUAGUGGCCAUACGCAAACCUACUGGAAGUCUUCAGCCAUCUACUGGUUUUGGCUACAGCAGAAUUCAGCAAAUUUUAUCAGAAAAGAACAGUGCUCCUCAACAAAGCCCAACAUUACCAAGACGUGACUGGCAAAAUCCAAGUCAAAGAGUAAAUGUCCAGACAAUCCAUCGCAAGCCAACAGUACCUGAAAGCAGUAAUAGUGCACCUAAUGUUGGGGCUGUCUGGCCUGUAGAAACUCGGGACACACAAGUGCACAAUUCUAAGACUAGCGUUUCAGAAACUGACAGGUGGAAAUCGGGAUUUUCACAAACCAAUUCCAAGAACAGUGAAUCAGAUACAGUGUUGAAGGCUGUGCAAGAAACAUCAGUACCAAAAUUUAAUGAAGAUUUAUGGAGAUAUGGCUUUUCUGAAACAGCAAUCAAUGCAAGGGAAGAAGUCAUCACAAAGCCACCGGAAACAGCAGUCCUUGGAGGAACAAACUGCAAAAUCGAUCUUGUGUUCCUUAUUGAUGGAAGCUGGAGUAUAGGAAAAAGGCGUUUCAAGAUACAAAAGUUUUUCUUGAACGAAAUGGCGGAAGCUCUUGAUGUUGGCCUCUCUGGGCCUCUUAUGGGUGUUGUUCAGUAUGGAGAUGACCCUUCAACAGAAUUUGGUCUUGGGGCACAUUUCAAUGUUGGCGAUCUCAAAAAUGCCAUUGAAAAAAUUCCACAAAAAGGGGGACAUUCCAAUGUUGGAAAGGCUCUCUCCUACGUGAACAAGAAUUACUUUUCUGAUUCCAGCGGGAAUAGAGGAAGUGCUCCAAAUGUGGCUGUUGUGCUGGUGGAUGGAUGGCCCACAGAUAAGGUUGAAGAAGCUUCUCGUCUUGCUCGCGAGUCUGGAAUAAAUAUUUUUUUUGUCACCAUAGAAGGUGCUGAUGACAAUGAGAGGUCAAGUGUUGUCGAACCAAACUUUGUUGAUAAGGCGGUGUGUAGGACUAAUGGACAUUUUUCUAUCAAUGUGCCAAGCUGGUUUGGACUCCACAAAGUAGUCAAUCCUCUGGUAAAUCGUAUGUGUGACAUCGACAAACUAGUCUGUAGCAAGACAUGUCUCAAUGCUGCCGACAUUGGUUUUGUUAUUGAUGGCUCCAGCAGUGUUGGCACCGGCAAUUUCCGCACAGUGCUUCAGUUCAUAGCCAACAUUACCAAUGAAUUUGAGAUUUCUGAUACGGAUACGAGAAUAGGAGCAGUGCAAUACACUUAUGAACAGAGGCUGGAAUUUGGAUUUGAUAAGUAUAGUACAAAGCAAGAUGUAAUGAAUGCCAUCAUGAGAAUAGGCUAUUGGAGUGGAGGAACAAGCACUGGCGCUGCCAUCACCUACGCCUCCGAGCAACUGUUCAGUAAAUCAAAGCCAAACAAGAGGAAGAUAUUAAUUGUCAUUACAGAUGGUCGAUCUUAUGAUGAUGUUCGAGCACCUGCUGCAGCUGUACAUCGGAAUGGGGUAAUUGCCUAUGCUGUUGGGAUUGCCUGGGCUGCCCAAGACGAGCUGGAAUCCAUUGCAACUGACCCUGACAAGGACCAUUCAUUUUUCGUGGAAGACUUUGACAGUCUCUACAAGUUUGUUGGGAAGAUCUUCCAGAACAUUUGUACAGAAUAUAAUUCUCAACCACGAAACUAAAAUCAGUGCAAUUAUGGACAUGAAACCUAUUCUUGGACACCAGGUUUUCCUACCAUUAAAUCCAUAAAUGCCCAUUUACACAAUACUGAGUGCAAAGUAAUGUCUGGGUCUAAGUACAGGUAAAAUAGUGACCUGCAGACCAGCAUUUACUUUUUCACCUGAGUGGAGCAGACUCCACAUGCACUGAAGAAAGCUAAUGUAAUGUGCCUGUAAUAUGCCUACAGCUCACAGAAGGGUAUAAACUGGUUUUAGGUAUAUUGCGAAUCAUGCAUGUUCUCAGUGAAAUAUUCAGCAGCUCAGAGUAUAAAGAAGACCAUAUUAUACUACAGUUAUUUAUUCAUUAUGUACCAUUCAUUCAGCCACACCUUGGCACUGUACUGUAUAUAUCGGUUUUCAAUUCUUUUUUUAAGCCUUACCCAUUACUGAGAUGAAAAUGCAUAAAUGCAGAUUUUAAACAGAAUGCUUUUGCAUUUCUAAUGCAAUUUAUUUAGAUGCAUCAUUAAAGAAAGAGAGCCUAAAUGAAAUGUAGGUUAGUUUUUAGCACCAAUCUAAAAUAAUAUCUAGAUGUGUCUGUUAAUAAUUGCAGUUAUAGGGAUAAUUGGAAAUGGUCACUUGGGAAUAACAAGGGCUACGAGUGUAGAUGCUGAAGAAAGAUCUGUUUGGGUCCUAUGUUACUAUAUUAUUUUUAUCCUUAAACAGUUAUUGUUCUGCUUAUUUAGAACUGUAAAGGUUAUGGAUGUAAGGUUUUGCUAAGAAUUAUAUAUUUCUCAAGUAACAUUUAUCUCAUGCACAUUUUCCCUUUUUACAAAUGUAAAAACUCUGCAAACCAGUGGAUAAUCUUACACAUCAAAGCCAUACAGUCUGCCAUGCCAUGGACAGCAUGGACAGCAUAUAAACUAUUGUAAUAGAAGUGUGAAUUUAAGGUUCUUCAUUGCAACAGCUCAAAAAUGCAUGGAAACCAAUGAAAUCCUAUCCAGUAUAGAAUAGGGAUGUACUAAAUCCAAAUAUUUGGCCUAAUAUUGAAUCCACCUUAAAAUUAUUCGGUUGAAUACCAAGCAUAAUAAUAAUUUGCUUACUCAAUUUUGCAAAAAAAAAAAGAAAAAUGAAUCACCUGAUAAAAAAUAAUUGUCAAAUGAUUGUUCCCCUCAAAGCUUCAAUUCUUCUAUGUCCAGCACCAAAUCUCAGAUUCAGUACAACCCUCUUGUAGAAGCUAUAAAAACACAUAUAUACUGUAUAUAACACAUAUAUAUUGCACUAUAACUCUCCAUAGACUAAGUUAUGCUGUCCAAUAAAAGCUUCUGACCUAGUCUCAUCUGAAUUGGUGGCUUACUGGCAAUGUAUGGGGCCCACAGAUUGGCUUGCCCAACUCAUAUCUGAACAAAAAUUGGCCACGUAUCUAUUGAGCUGGCUUGAAAACCCCAUCACUCGAGGACUGUAUCAGCAGUUUGAUGAGGCCCUGGCAAAUGGGUCUCUGUAGGCUCCACUCUAUGACCUGAUGAUCAGCCCAAUUUGUCCCAAACUUGCCAAACUGGAGUGAGGUGUGAUUAUUUGGCUACCUCAAUGCAUGAGAGAAUCUCACCAUGUAGGGUCAGUUUUAAACUUCCUAUUAUGUAUUUGCCAAUGCAAAUGCUUAAGUAGUGCCUUGUUUACUUCCAUAUAUUAAUUUGCAAUAAUUUCCAUUUUUAUUCACUCAACAUCCUGAUUCUUGGAAAAUCAUUCUAUUCAAUGUACUCUCUCUUGUACCCUUGUUUAUACAAGUUAUGACUCCAGGUACAGAUGUCAUUCAGUAUAUAAUCAGGCCCUACAACUUCUGAGGCACACAAAAAUAUUAUUUUAGGACACACUGCCUACAAGAAAUUGAACUGAACAUUGGUUGUUGUGAUGGUAGAGAAUAGUACAGGUGUGGGACCUAUUUUCCAGAAUGUUUGGGACCUGGUGUUUUCCGGAUAAGGGAUCUUUCUGUAAUUUGGAUCUCCAUACCUUAAGUCUACUAAAAAAUCAUUGAAAUAUUAAUUAAACCCAAUACGAUUGUUUAGCUUCCAAUAAGGAUUAAUUAUUUCUCAGUUGGGAUCAAGUACAAGGCACUGUUUUAUUAUAACAGAGAAAAAGGAAACAAUUUUUAAAAAUGUGAAUUAUUUGCUUAUAAUGGAGUCUAUGGGAGAUGGCCUUCAUAACUUCGCAACUUUCUGGAUAACGGAUCCCAUACCUGUAUUUAUCAUUAUCAUUAUCAUCUUCUAAUUCAUUUAUUUGGUUGUUUGUUUAAUUAUUUUUUUAUAUAAAGAAAUACAAGACAAAUAAAUUGUGCAGAGAACAGUGUAUUUUUGUUCUGCUUGAAAGGCAUGCAAAUCUUCUCUCAGGUAUGUUUGUGUGUGUGUGUAUAUAAAUAUAUAUAUAUAUACAUACAUUAGUCUCAUAAAUAUGAAUCGAUUUAUGGAAUAAUGGUCUUAUAGAGUUGUAUAUAUUUUCAGUAAGAUACAGAAUACACAAUUUGGUAGCCACAGUGCUAUUGGGAAGAUAAAUGUUAUUGAUGGGAGGUGCUCUGAUGAUUUGUCAAAGUCUAAUCAGUCAAAAUAAAAUUCAUUAAAAAAAAAGCAAUUAUUUCUUAAAAUAAUUGAAAAAAUAAAGUGAAACCUCAAUUUUA